GCAGCUUUCAUUCACUUCUGGGUAGUUGAGCCCUCCUGCAUUCGCACGCGCCAUGUCCACGCUGAAGCCUGCACUGCCGCGUGCAGAGUCGGAGCUUGGGCGGAACCUGGAGCAGAAGGGCACCAACAGCUACUACUACGCCCACAACGAUGUCGCCUGGGAGGUCCAAGAGCAUGCGAAGAUCCGAGCAGGGCCUGGGCUUGUAACGGGUGGUGCGCCUGUGAAGCUAGGCGUCCCCGAGGCGGCCGGAGAGGGUGGCUACGCGGGUGGCGACGCCGCUCCCUCCGGUGAGAGCGGCGAUGGCACCGACGCGGUGGGCGCAGCCGCUGCAGAAGUCGUCGCAGAGCUGCGGAGACGCGUGGAGGAGCUCGAAGGCCAACUGAUGCAAGCGCGGAUGGGCACGAAGCCCAUCUCGCAGUUCUCCUUCAGCGACGAGGGCGCCAAGUGUAAGGUCUAUGUCGACGUGGAGAAGGACGUGCUGGAGAGGCCCCUCGAGGACGACUCCUCCGGCGCCUGUGAGGCUGCUGUGACGGUGGCAUUCUCCGGCAGGAGCUGCAGCCUCCGAGUGACGCUGGUGGCACUCGAUGGCACGGUUCUGGAGCGGAGGGCGCUCACGCUGGUGGGCGAUUCCGAGAUCAUUCCAAAGAAGUGUAGCUACAAGGCAAGUGUCUCGUGGAAAAAGCACGGCCCUCGUCUUGAGGAUCUCGGGAGAGUCGAGGAACGUUUGCACCAUUGUGCCAUUUGUGUCGGGUGGUUUGGUGCACAAUGUGAGUGCCAGAGUGCCAUGCAGUCCGCCAUGCAGUCGUCUCAGAAAGCAUGCCGUCGCGGUCAGCAGAUGUCAGGGUCUUUGAGCAGCCCGGAUUGGCCGGAUCGCGCAGUUUCGAGCCUCACGACACUUCCACAUACUAUCAGGUACCAGGGCCCGUAAGGGAUGUCUAAUGAUUAAGGGGUGUCCAUGAACCACCCCCUUGGGUGUGUGUGUGGGUACUUGGUUUAUCUUAGCUUCAUAGGGAACACCCGCCCAGUUCUGACAAGCUGGGUUCCACCCCACACCUCUCGUCAGUCAGUGGCGUCGCCCCCCCCAGGUGGACCGAGCGAAGGGUCGCAUCAGCUUGAGCUUCUACAAGGAGGAUGCCAAAAAACGCUGGCACAGCGUGAAGCCUCAAAAGACCUGAGGGGCAGCCGGUUUCCACGCCGUUUUCGUGGAGCGGUGCGGUUCGAGGAA